AUGGGGCAUGGUGCAUGCCUGAGAGUUUUCUUCCAAGCUGUGAAGAGCACUUUCAAGGACUUUCCCUUGAGGGGGUCUUCCGUUUCACGGUGGGCACCAUCCCCGGAUGCAGAGCGGUUGUUCCCCGUGGAGCGCGACCUGAUCUCAAAUUUGCAGGUGCCCAAAGUCAUCAGGCCUCGUCCUGCUCGCCCCGUGCGCACCACCAUCUUCAUCGACUGCAGCAACAUCGUUGGUGCCACCACCUCGGUGGUGGAAGUGGCUGUGUCCAACAAGACGCCGAGAGAAGUGGAGGUUGAGCUGGAGUUGCCCGAUACUCUCCCAGCCAUCGUAUCGGGCUGCAACAAUCACCGCGUCUACCUAGCAAAUGAUGCGUACAAGGCGAUGGUGGGGCAACCAAUAUGCCCAUGGCUUGACUCCCUGCCAGGGGCAGGCGCAUCUAGGAGGAUCAACGGUGAGGUGGUCCUAAGUGUGGGAGAGUUUAGCAAUAUUUUACACUUGCCGAGCACCGAAUGUGCAUUCCCAUGCACUGCAAGGAUCUCGUGGGAGCGUGAGGACGCCAGCGCAUCACUCACCGUGCCGUGCGCCGUUGAGCGCCUAACCAGUAACUGCAAUGACUACUGCUUCAUUUGGAGGUUUGACUCUGAGAAAGCAUCCAUCAUGUACUGCAUCGCAUAACAACUGGAGUGAUCUUACCAUCCAUGCUUCUGUCAUGCAUGAGUUGUUUUUGGUAUGCUGAUUGAUGAAAGGUACCUGGCUAGAUGUGUACUAGUUAUAUUUAAAUAAGAUGAAAUAAUUAAACAAUUUAGAUGCAUAUUUAACUAAAGAACCCUGAUGGUAAGUCAUACAAUUAAUUCGUAACCACUCCAAAUGUCUUUGAAAACUAUGUGAUCGUUUGAUAGAGGAAUUUAGGCCCUGUUUAGUUUACAAAAUUUUCCCGUUGCUACAGUAAUUUUGAAUGUUUGACCACUAAUUAGGAGUAUUAAAUAUUGAUAACUGACAAAACCCAUUCUAUAACCCCGGGCAAAAUCGUGAAAUGAAUCUAAUGAACCUAAUUAUGCAAGGAUUAGACAAUGCCGUGCUACAGUAAAUAAUCUUUAAUGAUGGAAUAAUUAGGUUAAAUAGAUUCGCCUCGCGAUUUCCCAUCCAUCCAUGUAAGUAGUUUUAUAAUUAGUCUAUAUUUAAUUCUCCUAAUUAGUGUUGUAAA